GUCAAAAAUACAUGGUGAUGAAUUCUAUUGAUGUAUAUACUACUCGCAGACCGCCGCCAUUCUCUGGGUCUCCACCUGGGCUUCAGUGUCUCUGGUUCCCACUGUCAGAGCCUCUGGUACUUCCCGGGCUGGAGCCCACAGUGAGCAUCCUUCCUCCUGAGUUGUCAGCCCCGACUGAGCUGGUCUGCAGCUACACUUGGAGCAUGCCAAGUAGGGUUGAGGAGGGUAUUGCUUCCUCAGAGCAUAAUGUGGUGUUAACCCUUCCCCAUGCAAUGCAGGGUGACUGGGGGCUGAUGCAUCCUGUCACAGGGUAUGACUAUGCUGCAUUUUAAAACCAGUGGCAGCGAGUUUCAGAGUCCAAAGUUCAUGCUACAUCAAAAACAGCACUGUAAACAUUGCGUUUUGGGCACUCAAACUCACCCCUUCUGUGAAUUCCAGAACUCAAGCUCCAGGUCAAGCCUGAACAUCUACACAGGUGAUUUUAGUGCCAUAGCACAAGUCUGAGUCUGUUGCGCCAUUGCACAAGCCUAAGUCUGUAGAUCAGGGCUCAGAGACUCACUGCUGCAGGGUUUCAAAUACAGUGUAGACAUAUCCAGACGGCUCUACAGAUGAAAAAAAUGAAGGUUCAGAAAUGCUUAAAUAUGCCACUGGAGAAUUGUAAGCCUCAGUUGUUGAGGUUUUUUUAGGAUAUUGAAAAAAGUAAGGUAGCCAUAUAAGUGUUUAGCCGAAUGGGCCAUCUUUUUGUAGGUUAUUUUAUUUUGAGGGUCUUUUUGUCAGUUCUGAACUGUUGGGAAAUAUUAGUGGAAAUAUUAGUCGAAGCUUUCAUAAAUGGGAAGAUCAUAUAUAUACAUACACUGGGCCAUUCUCUACACGUCUCUUCUUUUUUUUUUUAAUUGCAGAUGGGUUUCUGCUCCAUGUAACAGCACAGGCUCAGUAGCUUUAACAUAGACCAACACGUGGACCAACACUUCAGACUCCCUCCAAAUAUUUCGAAUUAGGGAAGAAGAAAUGAAUCUUGCAAACAAGAGUGGAACAUCCAGAGACAUAUAUGAAUGGGACUAUGUUCUGUGGGAAGUUCGUUUGACAUUACUAGCAGCUGGUUUUUUUAUCUACCUGGGAGUAUUUCUUCUAGCUCACUGGCUGUCCUCGUGGAUCAGUGCCAGUUAUCGCGCUUUGCCAGGAAAGGAGAAGGCCUUCUGGAAUAUGCAUAUGACACGUGGUGUGUUUGCAGUUCAGAGUUGUGGAGCUGGCUUGUGGGCCUGGUUCAUAGAUCCAGUUUUUCAAGCUGACCAAGUGUAUUCACAGCAAAAGUGGAGCUAUUUUCAUUGCUUAAUAGCCGCUGGCUACUUUUUACUUGACAAUGUACUUCUUCAUGUUUCUAAUAUUCUUUUCGGGAUGUUUGAUGUGUUUUCAGUGGUUCAUCAUUUAUUUGCCUUUGGUGCGAUUCUUGUUGUGAUAACAAACAUAAAGUCUGGACACUAUCUAAUCCUGACUGGACUGCUACUUGAGAUGAGUUCUCCUUCAACCUGCCUCUCCCAUGUGCUUUCAAAGAUUGGCUAUGAAAAUACCCGUUUUUGGAAGGCAAACCAAUGGGUACUGAUCCGCAUGUGUCACUGCCGCAUGGUCCUUUCUUAUCACAUGCUGUGGGUGUGUAUUUCCAAUUGGAAUGAUGUGGUGGAAAAUAUGGGACUUCCGUAUUUUAUCAUCUUUUUCAUAGGGUUAAGUAUAUUUACAUUCAUAAUUAAUCCACACUGGACAUACGAAACAACUAAGAAGUUCUUCUGUCAAGUUGAUGGGAACUCUUCAAAUACAGCAGUGAAAAAUGAAUCUUCUGAAACAGAUCAGAAGAAGAUGAUAUAGUGCUGCAACAGCUGUUGGGAUAACUGGAAAAUAUGUCCGGAAGAAUGUGGUGCAGGUUUACUACCAAAUCCAUGAAAAUAGAAUUGCUUACAAGAAGUCUAUGAAUAUAUUGAUCCCUUCACAGUUUGCUAUCAGUGUACUUUACUCAUUUAUCAGAAGUGUUUUAAAAUUGUUUCUGUCUAUAUUUAAAGUACACACACACACACACACACACACACACAAUCUUUGACUCAGUCAGGAUUCAUGCCAGUAAUUUUAGUCUGAGCACCAUGUAGUAAAAUCUCAUUCUGGGGGAAGUGGCAAGUUAGUGAUAGAAAGGCAAGAUAUGUAAAAUCUACAGAAUCAUAAUUUAAGUGGCAAGAGGGACUAACUGCCUACCCUCCCCCUCGCACCCUUCAGCUGCCAUCUCCAAGUCCUCCAGCUGGUGGAAAUUUUGAUAAUACAACUUUGUCAAAAAUGGGUCAAGUUAGGACUUUUGAAUAAUAUCCUUCUUCCACGAACAUAAUGGUGACAAUCCUAAAACAAUUAUGUAUAUAGGUAUUUGAGAAAAUAUUGAAAUAUCAACUUUUUAAAAUUAAACUUUAACAGAGGGAUGCAUUGCUUAGAUGAAAAUGACAUUGAUCUUUGGCAAUCCUAGGGAGCUUAGUCUUGACAUGUAGAACUGAAAACAUUUAUUCAUCAAAGUCAUUAUCUGUGUGAUCUCCAUUUAGGGGUUCACUGCUAGACAUGUUAUCAUAUUGAUCGUCAUCCACAUCACACUCACACAUCUCUAUUAAGGCAGAUGGCUAGCCAGACAUUUGCAGGGUGGUCUCUUUUUACAUGAGCUUUUGAUUAGCUGAAGGAGCACAUGUAUUUUAUGCAUAAUUGGUGUGAUCGUUCCAUCCUCCAAGACCCAUCAGUGCUCGAUACGGGAAGACAGUUUUGAAUGUGGUCAAUCCUCCCAGAGCAUUCUAUUGCCUGAUCCUUUGCCGUCUUGGAAGCAGAUAUAAAUGCAUCGCCUUGUCAAUGACAAUUAUUCUCUGUCUGCUGCUUGGAAAACAUCCACCAACAUAGCUCUGCAAGUAUCAUAAUGUUGAUCUUCAAAUGGUAAACUAGGCAUAUGAAUGCCUUUAGUGUGCAUUUAUGACCUCAUCAGUGACUGUCUCAGCCAUUCUGAGCACCUUGAGAGCAAGGAGAGAGUCUCUGGAGGCUGAAUGAAAUGUCUUCCUAUAAGAUAAUCUGGUCUUUCCAGCCAUUCUUCCAGUACUGUCACAUUCAGAAAAGUUGUGAAAAUCUGGCAGUGAGGCUGUUGAACAGGCCUGUAAAUGCCCAUGUCAUUUUUAUUCAGUUCUGAAGAUGUAUUUGUUCAUGUAUUUCAGCUGCAUAAGGAAUGUUAACUGAACUGAGCGAUCCCUGGCUCUAGCAUUUAUGGCUGGCCAGUGAGGCAUCAAAAGCCGCUACCAACACAUUCUGCUACUAGUAACAGCUUCUGACACACAAGCUGUCCUGUCAGAAUUUGCUACUUAACCCCUCGAUUUUGGCCAGUGAUAGUGAAUUAUAAGGAAUUGGGGGUCCCUUUGCCAUAAUUUGCUACCUCUGAUCUUUCCUGUCUGGUCAGGAUAGCUAAUUGUGAUGGGGUCAUUUGUUGCAAUUUGCUACUUCUCACCUUUCACAUCAUCUGAUUCGGGGUACCUUUCACAUCCUCUGGUUACUGGGUAGCAAAUUGCGACAGAGCAUCACCAUCCAUCGCAAUUAGCUACCUCUGGACAAAAGUGAGAGGUAGCAAGCUAUGGUGCAUAUUGAUGUCCUGUUACAAUUUGCUACCAUUUUGAAAUCGCCAUUGUAAACAUAGACACAAAUAAAGAGAGGUAUUUUUCAAAAUUUAAAAACUUUAUUAUUGUAACCAGGUAUAUAAACAAGAACUGUUUACUUUCCGUUCCAAAUUUUUUUCAAAAACAAGCCUCAAAAUAUAUGUAUAGAUAGUUAUUAACACCUUUUUUCUAUACUGAAAUGAACAGUACAAUUAAACUUCUCUAUUACUCGUUUAUAUUCCAGCUGCAUUAUUCCAAGAAAACCAAAAUAUUUCUCUUAACAAAACAAUUAUAUAAUAUACAUAUUAGGUUAACAUCUGAACUAUGCAUACUUGUUGCACUUAUACUCUUUCUUCUCAUCAGUUAGGUUUUCUUCAUUAGUUCCCUCUGGAAGGCAAGGCAUAUGUCCCCUCCUCUUACAAGAGUCACACUGGACCUUUGAUAAGUACUAGAUGAGAAAAUGAAAUUACAGAACUAAUAAUACUAAAUAUAAUUUCUGUUUAUUCAUAACAUUUAUAAAAUGAUAUUCCUUCAACAUAUAAUCAUUACUCAAGAUAUGAUUAUCAGCAGUGGUGAAAAUGUUUGUUACUGGAAUUAUUACAAGAACCUUGAUCCUUAGGCUAGUUAUUACAUUGGGUCCCUAUGCAAUUGGCUAGAUAUUGAGCCAUGGCCUUUGUUCUUGUACUACAAACCAUCAUAUUCUGCUUACUUAUCUGUUCCAACAUACGGUGUGUGUUUCUCAUACAAUGUUGAGUUUCUUACCAUCAUGCAAUCUUUCUUUUUUUUCCAAGUGACAAAGUUGCAGUAUAUGCAGUACUCUAUGCAUUCUGAAAAAUCAAUACAAUGUACUCAAAUGAUGAUUAUGUUGUGACCAAAACUCUAAAUAGAAAUCUUAAUUUAUUAAUUUAUGCCAAUUAUUUCAAUUAAUUAACUGGGUUUGCAAGUAUUUGAGGGAGGUAUAUUUUAAAUUAUAUUUGGUAAACCAGUCACCAGUCUGUUUGUUUCUCAAAUUUUUACUUUACCGCUGGUGGAUAUAAUGAAAUCCAAUUACAUUUCACUGCUCUAUCAAUGACAACUAUUCACCUGCUCCACAUUUUUCAGUGCUUAAAGAAAAUUUCAUACAGAGUCACUAUUAGACUCUGACAUACCCUAUGACAUACCCCACUGUAGGUGUAUUAAGAUAACCUUUUGUCACAGAGUGUGGGGGAGACCAGGCCCUGCACCCCCGGCUUCCUGUGAUUCACCAUGACUCUCAGCCAGCCAGUUGAACAGAAGGUUUAUUUAGAUGACAGGAACACAGUCCAAAACAGGUCUUGCCGGUACUGACAACAGCCCCCUCCCCCUUUACUUAGGUCCAGCUCGGGGCCCCAGGGAGGCACAGUCCCGUUGGGAAGCCCAAGCCCCAUCGGGUCACCACUCUCCAUCUUCCAUCCAGCUCCAAACCUGAACACACCCUUCAGCCCCCUCCUUUCUGGCCUUUUCCCAGCCCCUCCCCCAGCCUUUGUGUCCUUUGUCCAGUUUCCUGGGCAGAGGUGUCACCUGGCCUCCAACCCCCUCCUGGGUUCUCAGGUUACAUGCUCAGGUAUGCGCCCUUCCCCAAUUCAGGCAGCCCCAGCAAAACUCCCCUGCAACCUUCCCAGGUCAAUACUCCCCACUCAGCAUUCAAAUAACACAUCAAGAACAUUCCCACUUCGUCACACCUUUAUGUAACAUAAUUCCACUCUUCCUGUUAUCUUCCGAUAUACUAUGGGCUCACUAGAUAUAUGUAACAAAGUUAUUACCUGACACCUUCAUUAAAAGAAUUGCUAUUUUUAAACAUA